CCUCGCAUGCCCACUGGUUUCGAUCUCUUUCUCGCCGGUGAAACCCUCGAAACCGGAGAAGCUCGAUUCCCAUUUCUCGGCGGAUAGCUUGAAACCCCAAGCUCAAGCUCAGCUCAAGUUGCAUCAUCGAUUCGGAUCUCCAUUGCUGGGAGCUUGGACGCUUGUUUGUGAUGAGAAUUGGGUGGAGGGGAUGAGAAUCUAGUUUUUUUUCUUCUGCAUUUUAUGGAGUUCCUAAAUCUUUGAUUGGAAGCUGGAUUGAAUUAGUGAAGGGAUUGAUACAAGCUGAAACUAGUGUUUGAGGAGCCUAAACUCAGUAAUAAGAAUGUCACAAUCACAGUCCACACGGCAGCUUGGACAGAAAGACUUUCAGUUACAGCAACAAUAUUUGAUGUACAAACAGCUAAAAGAGAUUCACCGACAGAAACAGCUUCAGCAAAUACAUCAAGACACAAAGCAGCAAAAUUCACUUAGCCAGAUUUAUGGUGUCACAACGCAGACAUUAGCCAAUCAACUGCCAUCUAUGCCGUCUGGAAUGGCCAAUAACAAGCCAUCGACUUGUCUAUGGUCAAAUGAGAUGAUGGGGCACAACAGAAAGGUACCUCCUAGCUCUCAAAUGGUCAUUCCUGGGAUCAUGAACUGUGCACAGCACAGUAGAAUACCGGCAAUGCAUGGCCUUCCGAAUGUUCUUUCUCAUCAGGCAAUUCAAUCUGCAAAUUCUCUUCCACAAUUUCUUGAUCCGUCUUCAUGUGGCAAUCCUGCUUCCACUGGCAGAGGUUCUCUUGACAGCCGCUCGCAAUUCCAAGGGUUGUCAUAUGGUUGUGCCGAUGCAAUGAUCUAUGUGGAUAGGAACCAAGCUGAGAAGGCAUCAUUUCAGUUCGUUUUGUCAGAUUUUUCUCAAAGUGAGCAGCAUGGACUCCAAGCCUGUUUGGAGCAUGAUAAUUUGGUUUCUAGUGAGGGAUUUAAAGAAAAGAAAUUUUUCAGGGAAACUCCGGUACAAAGCCUGAACAGUGGCUCUGGAUUAGCAAGUAUUCAACUUACUAACGAAGAUCUUCAAGGUAGAGAGCAAGCUGACUGGCCUGGUUGCUUGCAAGAUAAAUUGGUUUCUCAGGUAAAACCUUCUUCGGAUGCUGCUACUUUAGACCAAAGAAAACCUAGGCUUUUGUCAAGCCAAGAUGAAGAUGUUUGUUGGGAUGCCUCUUCCAAAAGAUGUGAUGUAGGCGCAGAAGGUUAUCUGUAUGGAAAUCGUUUGGAUAGUAAUGAGUAUUCCAGUGCAUGCCCAUCUAUUCAGAGUGGGAGUUGGAGUGCUCUUAUGCAAGAGGCUCUUGGAGCCUCUAGUAGUGACAUGGUGGUCCAAGAAGACUGGAGUGACUUGACUUUCCAAAAUGCAGAAUUAUCAUCUGGGAGCCACUCAGCUAUAUUGAAUGAAAAUGGCCUCCAGGGUUCAUCUUCAUUGACUUCAAGGCCUUUCCCACUCUGUAGUGAUGCCGAUGAAAGCUCAAAUUCUUUUCCUGCUCCUAUUGUUGAGCAAGCUUUAUUGGAAAAUUCUAAUGAACUUGAUGAAGGGAUACUAUCUGACAGUGCACACCAUUUCUUUUGGCAGCAAGGAGAACAAAUGAACAACAAUCAGCUGUAUCAAAGUCGCCAUCAAGAGCAAUAUUUUGGUAGUAGUAAUCAAGCUCAUAUCCAGGAUACUACACUUUCAUGUGGUACAUGGCCUGGUCAGAUGUGUGAACUGUCAGGAAAUUAUGCAAAUUCUGCUAACAUGGAGUUUGAUGCACAGAAUACAUCAGAUACUUGGGCUGAGACAAAGAAGACCCAGUUUCACCCUGUUGUUGAUCAACUCAGUGAGAGACUGCAGCGGCCACAUGGCUGGAUCUCGAAUUCAUUUGGUGAAUUGCAGUUAGUUAAGUCUGUUGGAGGCAGUUUGGAGAUGUCCAUAGAAGUUCCUGAUGCCAAUCAGUUUGUGCCUACAAUCAUCUCAAACAGCUCGGAGUUGAACUGGGAAAUGGAUGAAGCAAGUGACGUGAGACAUUUCAAUUGUGGGAGGCAUGCUGCUAGUGAUUCUUCCAAUAGAAAUUCAACUGAAUACCACCAGCAUCAGCCAAACUUGGGCCAACAAGCUUCAGAUAUGUUAUUGAAUGCCCCUGCCAAAGAUACUGUGGUAUCAUAUGACAAUAGACAGAAAUAUGCUGGAACUGAUAACUCCUCAUUUGCUGGGAGACCAUCCAGUAUUUUGUUAAGUAGCAGCCAAAAGUCAUCUGGCCAGUAUUUUGGGAAGAGCCUUGCAUCUCACAGGGGUCAGCAUCAUCGAAUGGGAGAUUUCGAAAUUACACAUGGUGAUGCCCUAAAUCAAAGGCCAUAUUUAAAGGGUUCCUCUCAGUCAUUUGCCCUUGGCUCGGAAUCCCAAAAUCCAGGAUCUUUUGAUCAUUUGCAUUUUCCUGGGCUACCCAAUUUUAGCAAUGCUGCCAAUAUGAGGAAGGGAAACAUAACAGAUUCAGAAACAACAGUAAAACAAGCUGAGCGGAUGCAAUCUACUUGGGCUGUCAGUCAGCAUGUGCCAACAUCUGUUGCCAUUGAUAGAUCAACCGCUACUUUUCCCCAGGAGAAAAGGAUUGGGCAAACAAGUCAAAAUACGCCUGAACUUCUUCACAAGGUAGACCAAUCAAGAGAGGGCAACGGUUCUACCCAUUUUCGUUCUUAUGAUCACAAGACACCAUUGGGGUCACCUGCAUCUGCUGCCCCAAAUUGUGUUGUUUCUAAUAUGCUGCAGAACCAGCCCUCUGCCUCACUAAAUUUUACCCCAGAGUUCAUCCCAUCAUCGCAAGAGAAACUAUUUUCGAACCAUUCUUUUCCCUUGCAACCUUCUUUGAGCACAGUAUCAGGUUUUGUUUCAAUGCCUGUUGAUUUAGAGGCAGGGAGCAGAGGCCAACAGACUCCAUCUGCUAUCAUGACUGGUCAAUCUGCAAGUCAAGUUCAUGAUGCUUGUCAAAGUAGUUUACAUUCUACAGCCAUUGCUUCUCCUGCUCUUCCUCAACUUAGUAGGCAGCAACUCCAACAAAGCAUCUGCGAUAGGUCUUAUCUUGGAGUGGAAGCACACCCCACAAAUCUUUCUCUUGAAGGUCAUCUCAAUUAUAAUGCACAUUUUAGGCAGACAGAGGACUUUUAUGACAAACCUUUGGCUGAUCAAUCUUCUCAGGCAUUAUUUGCCACAAUGUCAAGCAGAAAUUCCUCUGGAAAUUUGUCCUCACAAUUUUAUUCAGUUAAUAAAGGUCAUCCACAACAGAUAACCUGUACUCCUAGAGGAAGUUUGUCUCAAGAACACUCGAUAGAUCAUACAAAAUUGGCCUCAAAACCUGGGGUAGCUGGAGGUUUAUCAGAGAUGUUGCAUGGUGUGUGGGCAACACCAUCAGAUCAACAAUGCCCAUCCAGAGUGAAGCUUCAGAAUAUCUCUAAUCUGGUUCAGCUUCAGGGUGUAUUGUCUCAGAGUGGGGAAACAAAUUCUUUGAUUCAAAAGAUGGUUGAUUAUCCAAGCAGCAAGAAAGGAGCUAGUGCUCCGUCUGAUACAUAUUCUACUGGCAUGCAACAUGUCAUCUUUGAAGAACGUGACAAAUGCAAUUCCUUGCAAAAAAUACCUUCUUCCAAGGAUGUAGAUGAUAAUGCCCAACAGACAGACUCGAGGAUCAUUAGCAAUAAUGUUAACGAACAAAACAUUGUGUUCAAGCUACCUACUAAAAGUGAUCAUGCCACAACUUCUGAACAGAAUUUAUUUGCUUCUAGUCUCCAAAUGUUAGGCUUUUCAUCAAGGCAAAUGGCAGAAAAAGGUAUUGAUGGAUCAUUGGAGUUUGGUGGAAAGGAUAUGCCUUCUCAGGAUGUACCUAGUUGUGGACAGCAAUGUUCCAAAAAUAAUACUCAGUUUCUCAGUUUGAGAUCUACUCUAGCAUCUUUAGGAGAAAGUGAAUGUCAUCAAACCAAUGCUCUGAUUACUCCAGCCUUGCCUGGCCAAAAAAUUGGAAUCUUUAGAAAUGGGCAGAUUUUAGUCUGUGAUGGCCUUAACAGUUCGGAGCAGAGUCCAAAAACUGUUGCAAGGAAUGGGUUUUCAAGAAGAGAUUCCAACAACUUUAAUGAUAACAAUUUGGUGAAGCAAAAAGGUGAUGCGUGUCAGGGAGAUAGAUUUAGGCAAAUUACACAAUCUGUUAUUCCGACUGCCAUGGCCUCUCAGUCCUGGCCUGUAGAUGCUGGGGGUCAUCUUGUAGUUCCACAGCAAAAAAAACGCAAGAGGGAAGCACCAGAGCUACUACCAUGGCACAAGGCAUUCACACAGGGUUCCCAAAGGCUCUGCAGUAUGAGCAAGACAGAGAUGGAUUGGGCUAAGACCACCAAUAGGUUAAUGGAGAAGGUUGAAAAUAUGGUGAUAGGAGAUGGACCAUUAGUACCUGCUCACAAGAGGCUUAUUUUGACAACUCAGUUAAUGCAGCAAAUCAUUAUGUCUGUUCCAGCAGAAAUUAUCAAGGCAAAUGCCCUCAUUUCAUAUGAAGAUGUGUUAUACUAUAUUGCUAAAUUAGCUCUGGGAAAUGCUUGUAGUCUGAUCUCUUCCUUGGGAAACAAUACAUCUGUGUGCUCGGACAGCAGAAACAUGAAUACAAGGCAAAGGACUUUCCAUAUAGAAGGUGGCGAAGUUCUCGUGAAAGCCAUGGAAGAUUUCAUUGAUAAAUCAAGGAAGCUAGAAAGUGAUUUUUUCAGAUUGGAAAAUCGGGCUUCAAUAUCAGAUGUUAGGAUGGAAUUUCAGGACUUGGAGAGGUGCUCCAUCAUCCAUGGUUUUGCAAAGUUCCAUGGCCGCUCCAAAACUGAUAGGCUAGAGACCUCAUUGACUUCUGAUUUCCCUCCUGGGAAACUUCUACAAAGGCAAGUCAGACAAACAUCCAUGCCUUCUAAUCAUUUAGAGGGGGUUGUCUGUUUCUCACUAUGAGUUUUUAAGCAAUUCAUUCUCUGCUCUUUUUUUAUGAUCAUCACUCUGGCCUUUCUACUGACAUAUAUCUGGACAUAGUCUAUAAACAUAUGGAUGGAGCAAAGAAGAAAAUUAAUUGCAAUCAUCCGAGGGAAUCUCACAGGUGCAUUCUACCUUUGUAAAUGACUCUUUUGUUGCCUUUCUUUUCUUUUGUGUUAGUAUAGGUUCUGUAUAUUCAUGACAAUUUAAUGUCCUCUUCAAGUGGAUGUAAAGAUGUAAUGGAACUGACAUUAACACACUGAGAAAAAAAAGAAGAAAUCCAUGUCAAGAAGGCUCCUGUUGCAAGUUCUAA